AUCCCCCCCCGGUUUAAAACUCCCCCAACUUUACUUCCACUGCCUUCAUCACACCAAAGUCUUCAUCUUCUUCCCUAUUUUGAUCAUUUUCUGUUGUGGGUUAUAGAGAUUAUUGAACGUUUUACUUGGGUUCGAUGAAGUUCGGGAAGAGGUUAAAACGACAGAUUCAAGAAAGCUUGCCGAGCUGGCGGGACAAGUUUUUGUCGUACAAGGAUUUGAAGAAACUUGUGAGAUUGAUCUCUUCGGCUCCAGCGGCCGCGGCAAAUGGAUCGUCUGAGUAUGGCAAGGCCGAGGCGGAGUUUGUUUAUUUGUUGAACAGUGAGAUCGAGAAGUUUAAUGCGUUUUUCAUGGAAGAAGAAGAGGAUUUCAUCAUCCGGCACAAGGAGCUGCAACAGAGGAUCCAGAGAGCAAUUGGUACUUGGGGCCCAAAUGGCAACCAGCCAUCACAGAUUGACUACGGAAAGGAGAUGGAAAAGAUCAGAAAAGACAUUGUCGAUUUCCAUGGUGAAAUGGUGCUCUUAAUGAACUAUAGCAAUAUCAACUACACAGGGUUGGCUAAGAUCCUGAAGAAGUAUGACAAGAGAACAGGAGGGCUGCUGCGCUCGCUUUUCAUCCAGAAGGUGCUGCAGCAGCCUUUCUUUACAACCGAUCUCAUCUCGCAGCUUGCCAAAGAAUGCGAAAGCUCCAUCGAUGCAUUGUUCACAGUAGCUGAGGAGGAACAAGUUUGGGGAGGAAGAGAGGCGAUAAAAGUGUCGGGAGAAGGGAUUUUCAGGAACACAGUGCAAGCCCUGCUGACCAUGCAGGAGAUCAGAAGAGCAAGCUCCACAUACAGCCACUUCUCCUUGCCACCCCUCAACCUGCCUGAUUCUGAUCUCAUGCUACUGUUUCAACUCAAUUCGCCCAUUCCCAUUCCCUAACAACUUAACAAAAUAUCAAUCUACCAAGUACCAAUCCUUUGCUGCAAUUAGUACACUAAGAAUCUUCAGACUAAAACUAUGCAACCCUUUUUUUUUUUUCUUAUUUCUGGACGUGUGCUGCUAAGUGCAUUGAAAGUGUUUAGAGUAAGGGGCAGCUUUGAGCAAUGAAAAGCUUAUAAAUUCUCAUUAGGAUUGUCCC